AUGUCUGGAAACAAAUCCGAUCGUUCGCUCAGUCCGGCCGCCAUGAGCGAAGAAAGCCGUCGAGAACUCCUGGCUCGCCAGCAUAGGGCUUUGUACGGCAACGAAAGCCCCGCCUUCUUCCCGCCUGGCAGUUUUGCGGAUGACAACCCACGAUCGGAGAGCCAGGGGGGUGGCACCCCAACAUCUGCCACUGGUGUCCGUGGCCCAUCUCCGCGCGGUGUUGAUCCUUUCGGCAUGGCCCAGACCCCGGUCCAAGGUAGCACUGAUAAUGUUGCUCAAGCCGCCGCGUCUCUUCAAUCUCCUUCCCGCGCAACUAGUACGUCCUCCCCGAGCUCGGGCAUUAACCCUGUCUUCGGCAAGUACGACAACGCCGAGCAACCGAUGACCUCGACCUCCUCCCCCGGGAGGGCUGACUCGCCUUCCGCGAGGCAGGCGCAUUCGAAGCCAACCGGUGGUCCCAUUGGCUCCGUGGGCCCUAUCGGCUCUCGCCCAGUUCAGCCAGCAGGUCAAGCUCAGGCUGCCAACCCGGCACUGAACAAACGCUCCACGACACCCCUGCCAUCUCCUCUUGGUUUCGGCUUCACACCUGGUGACGCAGGCGCAACCAAUGAUCGUUCGGCCUCGUCGGCCUCAAACCCCUCCACUUCCGCUUCCGCAGGAACUCCCGGUAUGAAAGAGUCUACUGGUGGUGUGGCGCUCGGAUGGGGUAAUGGCGGUGGCGUUUGGGGAUCGAAGAACGGACUGGGCGUCCAAGCCUCCGUCUGGGGUUGA